AUGGGAGCUAGGUUGCCAAUGGAAGAUGUGGAUGACUCAUCUGUUUUACAUGAUUUGGAUAGGUUAUCUGGUAUACUACUUCCUCAUUGGAGCAUCGCAGAAAGGGUAAUGAAAAAGUUUCCCAACAUCCGCAGGUUGAAGUGCGUGGUUGAACGUGGUGAUGAGAAAACUGUGAAGAUUUUGAAGGUGACGAUGUCGGUGUUUGAUUUGUCUAUGAGUGAUAUUUCAACCAUUGGUAAGUUGCCAAACCUUGAAGUCCUCAAAUUAGACCGCACAAACUUUGAAGGGAGGACAUGGGAAAUGGAAGAAGGGGAAUUCUCCAAACUUAGAGUCUUGCAAUUUUACUUUCCGAGUCUUGUCAGCUGGGCAACUUGCGAUGAUCAAUUGAGAUGUCUUCGGAAGCUGGUAUUUAGUGGAUGUCGUAAAUUAAAAGAGAUACCUCCUUGUUUAGAGACCAUCUUUACACUAGAGACGAUUGAGGUCUCCUAUUGUAGAAGCAAUCAGACUCUAUUAGAUUCGGUGAGAAAGAUUGAGAAAGAACUGGAUGCGUGGGGAAAUUCAACUCUGAAGGUCAUCAUUAUUGAUUGA